AUGCCACCACAGACACGCCACGCCUCCCUCCCCCCCUUCCCCUCGGACCUGACGACGGCGCCGCUCGUCUCCGUCUCCCUCGCGGGGCUGGAGGCGCGUGACCCCGCCGCUGAGCAGGCGUUGUGGGACGCGUGCCGUGACCUCGGCUUCUUCUACCUCGACAUGUUCGGGAGCGAGCUGGGCGAGCGCAUCGUCACACAAGCCGAGCAAGUCAAUGACGUACAAGACGAGUUCUGGGCGCUGGGCAACGCCGAGCUCGACAAGUACGGGCGGGACAAGGUCCACGACUUCUUCGCGUACCGCUACGGCGAGCCGGGCGAGGUCGAUGCGAACGGCGUCAAAAUCCGCAACCAGAACUACAACAUCCGGAAGGACGACGUGCUGGGCCACAUGGCGCCGCUGCCUGCGCCGCCCGUCGUGCGCACCAACUACCCCCUCUUUGCGUCGUACAUCCGCGACUGCCGCGCGGUCAUCGACCUGAUCCUCGAGCAGCUUAACACGCGCCUCGAGCUGCCGCUGGGCACGUUGGCGGGGAUGCACCGCCUGUCCCAGCCGUCGGGCGACCACAUCCGGUUCACGGCGAACCCGCCGCAGGCGUACGACGAGCGCGUCGCCAAGCGCGGCGAGCACACCGACUUUGGCUCGCUCACCGUCCUCUUCAACUGGCUCGGCGGGCUGCAGAUCCGGCACCCCGACACGGACGAGUGGGUGUACGUCCGCCCCGUCCCCGGCUCGCCCGUCAUUAACCUCGGCGACGCCAUGGUGACUUUCACGGCGGGCAUUCUGCGCUCGAACAUCCACCGCGUCGUGCCGGCGCCUGGAGAGCAGGCGAGCCUGCCCCGCACAAGUCUCGUGUUCUUCACGCGGCCGGAGGACGAUGUCAUCAUGCGCCGACUCAAGGGGGGGAUUAUUGAUGCGCAGCCGGCGACGGAGGCCGGCGAAGAGAUGACGGCACAGGAGUGGUGGAUGAAGCGCGGGACGGGCAAGUUGCCGGGCAUCUUUACCAAGAAGGGGUUUGAGCCGUUCGAGGGCGGCGACUUGUACGCGGGCAGCUUCUUCAAGGACUCUGAGGCACCUGCGAUCAAGGCGUGA